AUGGCGCCUAAACGACGUGCAGAAAUCGUAGACCUCACUGCUGAUGACGCGCCUGAUAGCUCCUCAUAUCGCGCACCCAAGCAAUCUCGUACAUCGAAGAUGAAGCCUCACAGAAAGCCCUCCCCCGAUGCAAUCCAAGGGCAUAGCCAGGAGCAUUACAACUACCUGUUGUACGGCGCUUUAGAUGACAAUAUUCUCGGCGUGAGGUACUACAAUGGAUAUGCCACAGAAGGAGAAACGGUGGUGCUUCGAAGAGAACCACAGAACCAGUACGAUGCAAACGCCAUCCGUGUCGAUAAUGAAAAGUACAAUGUUCUCGAGGCCGAGGCCAAGGGUCAACUCGACAAGUACAGGAAGAGUAUUAGCAAAAAGGAUGCUGCAUCCACGUACCGCCAUCUUCUCCAAGUCCUGCUUCGCCUGCGCCAAACGAAAACAAACUCGCCCUCCAAAAACUCCUCCAACUCUCCAUCGACUCCCAAGAAGACUGCCUCCAUCUGCCUCGACAUGUACAAAGACCGCCUCAUCACAACCUGCGCUCAUACCUUCUGCACCCCCUGUCUCGAGCGCAUCAUAGAAUCCUCACACAAAUGCCCCUUAUGCCGGUCGCCCCUCUCCUCUCUCGCCACCACAACCGUCAAACCCGCAAAAAAAAACCCCCCCCACCUCCCUUCUGCUCCAUCUGCCCCCUCGACGCAAGAAGAACUCGCCGACAAAACCUCCCUGGAAAUAUCCACAAGCACAAAAAUCGAAGCCCUCCUCUCCAUCCUCCACGCCUCCCGCAAGAACCCAACUACAAAAACAAUAAUCUUCUCCCAAUGGCCCCUUUCUUCCUCUCCCUCUUCUCCCCACACCUCUACUCCCAUUCCUACUCCUUCGUCUGCAUAGACGGCUCCAUGCCUCCCCCCCCCAAUCCGUCUACUGCGUCGGUCUCAAUCUCGUGGCUGCGAACCAAGUUAUCCUCGCCGACUCGUGGUGGGCGCCUGCGAUUGAGGAUCAGGCGGUUGAUAGGGUGUAUAGGCUUGGUCAGACGAGGGAGACAAGUGGUUUUCGGCUCGUUGUGGAGGGGAGGGUGUUGGGGAUUCAGGAGGAGAAGAGGAUUUCGCUUGUGUUAGUGCUGAUGGUUGUGGAGUUUUGUAAAGGGUGUUUGAUUGUUGAAUUCCAUGGCGUGUUUACUUUCUCACUUUCUCACUCCCUUCGAUUAUUGUCAUUCAUUCAGUAUUUCCGCUUCCCUUGUAGUAAAAUACACAAGCCAUAGAAACUCAAUGUCGGACCAAUGUGCCUCAACCGACACUAGCAAAUCGCAAAUCGCAAAGAAACAUCAGGC